CGGGCCGCGGGGCGGGGCGGGGCGGCAAACACACCUGUGGCCGCAUUGUAUUUAGGUUUGCAUUCAGGUUGUUUAUAGGGCGGCCCAGCGGCGGCCAAACACGGGCAGUGGCGGCCGUGUUCUGUACUUCACCCUGAUUGUAAUCUUGAAGGCAGGAAAAGUAGAAGGAAACUCAAGUGAGAAAAUAAGACAGAGAAUUCUGGUUUCACUCCAAGUCGAGUCUGCUUCUGAUCUGUCACAUACGUACAUCUAUGACGCGCCUGCACCACGCACCUGCUGCCCCGCCGCCCUCACAUUAACGCUGCCUCUCCCUACUAUCCUGCCUCUGCCAACACGCUGAAUGAUUAACCCUUAUCGUUUUACUAUUCUUCCCUGCAUCUCUCUUCGUUUGAGGACACGCGUAGGGGGCACUCGGUCUAGUGGCGUGUGUGUGAUAAGGGUCAGGAGGCGUGGGUGGAUGUAAAGGAAGAAAAUGUAAACAAAAUAAUAGUGGAAUUGUGUUGCUUUUGUGUUUGGCUGUGUGACUGGGAGAGAUGCGGCAGCGGGACGUCAGGAGAGUGAUGUCUGGGGGCCGCUCAAGUGGGGGGCUGCGCGAGGGGGUCCACUCUGCGCCCUGGCUGUCCUCGGCAUCGCCGUUGCACAGUGUCAUCCCUGCCGCUCUUGCCACCAGGCACUGCACCGCCGCUCUUGGCUCCUCUGUCCAGCGGCGCGGCUCGGAGAUGAGUGACUGGCCGCGACUACAGCUCCCCGGGCCUCGCUCAGCACCUGUUCCGGGCCGUCACGGGGACAACACAGUGCGGCGGCUGGGAUGAGGGAGCCCCGCUGCUGGGUGGUAUGACUCAUGCCCCGCGCUGACUCGUGACUGACUGUAGCAUAUUAAAAGUUACUGUAAUGCAGAAAAGUCCUGCCUUCGAACCUUCUGAAAGCACGGCACUUUCGCCGCAGAUGUCGCCGGAAGCUCGUUGUGACGUGGCCUGAUAUGCUUGAACACGAGCAGGGAUGAUGCUGGUGCAGAGUGGCCGCGCAGUGUUUCUCUUGACGUACCUCUGCCGGAUGUGGGGGAUCCAGUGGAAGCGAAGUGGGUGUCUCGGUGCCCGGAAGCACCCGACGAGCGACCUUUGAGGACUGUCGCGAGGCUCAAGAACUCAAGGGCACUCGGUGACAUUUUUCUUUGACACCACCAGACCUUUAGGAGUCGAGUUACCGCUCUCGUUCGUAACGUGAAGAUAUUUUAGAACUCCCGCAGAACCACGCUGUGGCCCCUGCAGGGAACAUUGCUGCGUCUAGUACCUUUACCGUUGUUCUUCAACCUUGUAUUACGAGUUUAACAAUAUCACAGUGUAUAUUCCGUGUGUCAAAACAGACCGUAACUUUUUCCCAUUCCUGUUAUGUUGAGAGGCAUGUGGCGAGUACACGGGAGGUAGAGGAGGAUAUCGUAGUGUGAGUGCGUGAUAGGCGUGAACAGCUCGUCCUUGCGAUUCUUUUCCUUGUGUCCGAGGUGUUGGUGAGUGUUGCGUGACAGCCUGUGCCGCGCCUCCUCCCUCGACGGUAGUACUCGUGUGUGGCGGCAGCAUGGCCAGCGAGGCGUCGCGCGGGGGUGACGAGCGGCUGCAGGUGAAACUGAAGGCCAGCGUCCAUGCAAAGGAAGGGGCGUCGGGCCCCUCCACCUCGUCACCUACCGACCCCGAGGACGAGAUUGACCCAGUGGACGCCGCCGUCUUCGCUAAUUACGAGGACCUGCAAGAAGUGUUGGCCGAGGCUCCGCUCCUCCGGGACUGCGAGGAUGACCCCUCGAUGAUUGGUUCCCAUGGUCUAAACCUGCUGGACCUAUCCCGUGCAUCCUCCUACAUUGACCUUGGCAGCCCCGACUCCCCCCCUCCCAUCCUGGGCCAGCCCCUCCUCCCUACACCGCCCAUCAGUCCGAUAAGCAUCAACGUUGACUCUGACGAGGAGUCGCCGUGUGCUAAUAUCGACACGCCGCUCAAGUUCGACAGCAGCGAACUGACGUGGCGCAAGACGAAGGAGGAGGACUUAUCCGAGUCUCGCCACUCGCCCACCUGCCUCAUUCCCGCAACCAUUGACUACCUGCAGGUGCCGCCCCACCACCGGGCCACCUUCAGGAAAAAAAGGAAAUUAUCCUUUAACAAAAGAAGGUCUGAUCCGGGAAUGUAUCCGCUACGCCCACCCGAGACUCCUCAGCUGGAGGAAAUCGUCAGAACCACUCCCGAGCCUAUCAUGGAGCCCCUGGAAGCACUAGAAGUAGUUGAAUUGAGCCCGGAUGGGUCACAAGUGAAUGGCGGAAGCCAGGCCAUCGCCCAGGGGCCCGUGGUGGAGGUGGAGCCCGUGGACAACCUCAGCGCCGCUAACUGUAUCAUCAAGAUCCCUAAGAAGCAAAGGAAGCCGUCUUUAUCUAAAAUCGACAUCCCGUGUUACCACCGCCGCCCCUCCGGCCAGGCCCUCGACGUCAACUUUGACUACACCUUCACUGUGAUGUAUGGGCGCUACACCAAGGACCUAGGAAGAUACGCCAGGCAAGAAGCGUCCAAAAUCAGGCGAGACGACAAGUCGGCGCCUCUUGAAGCAGCGGGAGGGCUACGGCCGUACCGGGGCCGCGUGGCUACGAAGUGCUUGGGCGUGUUGGGGGCCGUAUGGCGGGCCACCUUUGCCAGGGUGGGCGAGGACUGGGUGUUCCUGGCGGUGCUGGGCGUCGUCAUGGCCAUCAUCUCCUUCAUCAUGGACUACGGCAUCGCCAUGUGCAACAAAGCUCGCCUGUGGCUGUACCGGGACCUGGCCAGCCACACCGCCCUCCAGUACCUGGCGUGGGUGUCGCUCCCUGUCUGCCUCAUCCUCUUCUCGGCGGGCUUCGUCCACCUCCUAGCGCCUCAAGCCGUCGGCUCCGGCAUCCCCGAGAUGAAGACGAUCCUGAGGGGCGUCGUGCUGAAGGAGUACCUCACCUUCAAGACCCUCAUAGCCAAGGUCAUCGGUCUGACGGCCACCCUGGGCUCAGGACUCCCGCUAGGCAAAGAGGGUCCAUUUGUGCACAUAGCCAGUAUCGUAGCCACACUUCUAUCCAAGGCUGUGACAUCCUUCAAAGGAAUCUAUGAAAAUGAAUCACGAAACUCAGAGAUGUUGGCUGCAGCGUGCGCGGUGGGAGUGGCUUGUUCCUUUGCUGCGCCCAUUGGAGGUGUGUUGUUCAGCAUCGAGGUCACCAGUGUUUACUUCGCGGUCAGGAACUACUGGCGAGGAUUCUUUGCAGCCGUGUGUGGGGCCAUGGUGUUCCGGCUCCUGGCAGUGUGGUUCAACGAUGAAGAGACCUUGACCGCUCUGUUCAAGACUAACUUCAAGGUUGGAUUCCCGUUUGACCCUCAGGAGUUGUUCGUCUUUGCUCUCAUCGGUGUGAUGUGUGGGUUCCUGGGCGCCUUCUUUGUGUGGGUGCACCGCCAGUAUGUCAUCUUCAUGAGAAGGAACAAGAAGAUGAAAGCAUUUCUGCAAAAAAGCCGAUUCGCGUAUCCUGUCUUGAUGACGCUCAUCCUGCUCAGUGUCCAGUUUCCACAUCUGCUGGGGCAGUUCAUAUCAUCCCACCACACAUCCCACCACCAGGUUGUGGAACUGUUUAGCAAUGUGACGUGGACUAAGGAAGAUCACACUGUCCAUGAGUUUGAUUUGGUCGAGAACUGGCGCACCCCCUGGACUGGCAUCUUUGUCAACCUCUUGCUGUACAUUGCCUUCACGUUCGGAGGAAGUGUUGUGGCCAGUACACUUCCUGUUCCUUCAGGCAUCUUCAUCCCAGUGUUCAAGAUUGGGGCAGCUGUGGGAAGAAUAGUUGGAGAAACAAUGGCUUCAACAUUCCCCAAAGGCUUAAGCUAUGGAGGACAUAAACAUAUAAUCAUACCUGGUGGCUAUUCCAUAGUGGGCGCUGCAGCCUUAGCAGGAGCAGUUACUCAUACCAUUUCUACCUCUGUCAUUGUGUUUGAGCUCACUGGUCAGAUCACCCACAUCCUCCCUGUAAUGAUUGCUGUUCUUAUUGCUAAUGGCAUUGCACAGCUUCUUCAGCCGUCAGUCUAUGACUCAAUCAUUCAAAUAAAAAAAUUGCCAUACUUGCCUGACAUCCUGACAGCCACUUCUGGUGCUUACAACAUCUAUGUGGAGGACUUUAUGGUGCGGGAUGUCAAGUACAUCUGGUACGGCAUAACUUACCGACAACUGAAAAAUAUCUUGAAGGAACACAAAAAAAUCAGAUCUCUGCCUCUUGUAGACUCUCCAGACUCCAUGAUCCUGCUUGGCUCCAUCCAGCGGUCAGAACUCAUCUCCAUGCUGGAGGAACACCUCGGGAAGGACCGGCGCCUCAGGGUCAUCAACAAGUGGAAAUUUGCUGCCCAAAAUAAGCUCCCUCUUCUACGGAAAACCAACUCCCUCCUUGGAGCCCUUGAAGAUGAGAACACACGAAAUGAAGAGAGAGACAAAGAAGAAGAAAGAAAGAAAACUAAGCAGCGACUAAUAGACAUCGCAGAGGCUAGGAAGAAUCCGGUUUCCCCCAUUCCAUCAGCUGGCCUGGCUAUGGUGGCUGGCAUCGGCGGAGCAAUGGCUGCAGUAGUUGGGGUUGACUUGAAUUUAGAAAACAAUCAAGGUGAGAAAGGUUCCAAGAAGAUGAGCAAAACUGGCACGAGCACCGCCGGCACCACAACCACCACACCAGCCUCAGCAUCAAACACCUUCAGUCCAGCGUCCACAAGCAGCAGCACUGCCACCACCAACUCCACAUCCAGCACAGUCACACAGUUGCCGUCUGUGGCAGCAGGGGCUCCCUUAAAUAGUGACAGACUUAAACAAAGAAGACCUUCAAGAUUUGAAGUCACUAAGGUUGAGUCUCCAACAAAACAGAAUGAAUCUUCUGUUACAGUUCAAAUAGAUCCAGUGGAGAUUCCAUCAUCAUCUGAAUCUGAUCUGGAAAAGCUAAGAAUACCCCAACAAAAUACAUUACCACGGAAAUCUAUUUUGAAGAAGACAAACAGCUUUAUUCUGCAUCCAGUAUCAACAUCAUCACCCUUUGUGUCUCCGCAACACACUCCCUACGCCACUGUCCAUGCUGGGGACUCAAAACUUCGUCAGGCAUUUGAAGCUGUUCUAAGGAAAACAAGUUUAAGAAAAAUGGAUGAGAAGAACGGGAACAGCAGCCAGAAUAUCAACAUGGGCAGCUCCAAAAAAGUUUCUUUGGAUGGUCAUAGUUUUAGUGCGCGACGCCUCCUAUCCAAGAGACCUCUGGGCAAGAGUUUCAGACGUGCGCCGCUGGAGCGGAUGGUGGAGAUCACCCUCGAGGAGCAGAGGCGGUGGGAGGAGGAGGAGCUCAACAAGGAGGUAGACUUUAGUAAAUGUCACAUAGAUCCUGCACCGUUCCAACUUGUUGAAAGAACAUCUUUGUUGAAAGUUCACUCUCUGUUCUCCAUGCUGGGUCUGAAUCAUGCGUACGUCACAGCCAUCGGGAGGAUCAUUGGCGUCGUGGCUCUGAAAGAGCUGAGAAAAGCAGUUGAAUCCACAAACUCUGGUGACUUCCCUAAGCCCCGGAGAGAAAGGGGCAUUGGGGGUACUUUCAGGGAAAAGUUUUUAAGGACCACAUUUCGAAAAAAGCUGAGGAAAGCUAUUGAGGGAACCAACUCUGGUGAAUUUCCCAAAGUUGACCCUGCACCUGCUGCCACCUCAGGGGAGGGGGAAGCUGCUGCCAAGCUUCUCAAGGGAGACGUCAAGGAGUGAUGGGCAGUAAAGUGAAGCCACAAUGAACCUGUAUGCAACUUUUGUAUUUGAGAAUAUUGGUCUGUAAAAGGUAUGUACUUAACAGAUAUAAAUGCUAUAGAAAAGAAUUCACAAAAAUUAUGAUAUAUUAGUAAGAGAUAUUUGACCAGUUCUUUGCUUACUAUAAAUUAACAAUAUAGAAUAAAAUACUUAAACUAAACUUCCUGUUUAGAGUUUGUUUGGGCAGUGUGAGAAUAUCGAGGAAAAGCAUUUGUACAAUGUGCUGUAAAGAUAUUUGGAAAAUAACUAGAGUGGUCAUUGAAAAAGAAACUAAUAUUUUUUUUCUCCAAAAUGUAAAAUAUAUUAAUAAAUAUUGUAUUUAUAAAACCAAAAUACACAGCAUUUAUUAGUCAACAAAUUUUUGACAUAGAAUUAUGGUUUGUAAAUAGAAAAGUUCAUGUUCUUUAUGAAUAUGAAAUAUAUUUAUAAACUUUUCCCUAAGCUGUACUGCAAUCUUGAUCUCAAAGCAAUAUAUAGAUAUAGUGCAAACAGUUUCUUGCUUUUACAGAGGUAUAAGCUUACAUGACGGCAUAUUACCCAGAAUAUUUUUUUUGAUUGGAAGUUUAGAUAGGCUUAGAUUUUCUAUGAAAAUUGAAAUAAUGGUUUCAAGUGAAACAGUUACAAGGAAUAAAUCAAAAUGUGAAACUAGUGAUAUCUUCUCUGAAUACAACCUUUAUUUUUUUGUCAGUCUGGUUUUGUGGCAAUCAUUACCUCAGGGAAACAUGUUCAAUUUGUUGUUUACUAAAACAUUUGUGUGUGAAUAUUUCAUGGGAAUAAUUCAUAAAUUAGGUCCAUGUAUGUGUUCAUGCAUUCGAAAUAUGGAGUAAAUUUGUGAGUAGUCCGUGUGGUAUAAUAUUUUAGGUUGGUGCAACAUUGCAUCUGUCUGAGACACACCUGGCUCUGGAGGAUUAAAGGCACAUGGUGAUCUUGGUUUUAUACAUUUUAUUUUGUUCUUCAAAUGAUAACUUAUAGAUCAAUGCAUUCGCAUAUUGAAAACAAUUCUCCUUUUUAGACCAAAAAAAAAUCUGAUAUUUUAAGAAAAUGAGUGAUAUAUCCAGGAGGAAUAUCAUCAAACACUUUUUAGACUGGCAGUUGUCUAAAAAACUAUACGCAUUAUUUGGUAAUACGUACUCUUCUGCAGAAGGAUGUAGGUUCCUCCCCACAACAAUCACGUAGAAAUUCACUAAUACCUGUAGCACUUCAUAACUGCUAAUUGUAUGAUCUUAUACAGUGGGCCCCAGGUCAGGUGAUAACAAGAAACUGAAAAAAAUGUCACUAGUUCUAAAACCACUAGUUUUGGGCCAAACUUUAAAUAGUAAAAACUAAAAACAGACUAGAACUUCUCAGAAGUUGACUUUUUUUCUCUGUUUCACCUGCUUUUAACAACAAAAUUUACAUUUAUAUGUAAACAUAACUACUAACAGCCAAAGGCAACAAAAUCUUGCCAAAAGGCUUUAAAUGUGCCCUCUAUUGAAUAAAGAAGUGCAUCAGCUUACUUAGAGCCUGCCCCGCCCCCACCACCAACACUGCCCUCCUGUGCAGCCAUAUGGGCAGUGGCCUCAGAGACUCACUCCUCUCAUAUUGCAGCAGUUCAUGAUCAUUAAUCCCAGUAAUGUCCUCAAGGUUGUCAGGGCUGAGCAGAACAACAGGGGAAAUAUCACACACAUGUAUUCAGUUGACCCACAGGUGAGGGGCUGAGCCAAACUGAAUAUGGACCGGCUGAGCCCAACAAAUUGUCAUCCCCACAAAACAGUUCUCUCAUAAUAUUUCCUCACCUGCUCUUACAGGUGACCCUUUACUGGACACAGCAAUCAUAGUUGAACAAAACAUUUGUAGAAGGUAAGAAGUCAGAGAAAAGUUGACACUCCCCACACUUACAGUAUAACAUUGAUGUUUGUUUUGUUUAGAUUCACUGCCCCGCCAGACUCAAUGGGCUCGGCCAGGCAUUCAGCGCAGUCUUGGCAGCACUUCUUAGUUCUUUUGCAUAGCAUUGCACAAUGUUAGCGGGUCAACUGAACUCAAGGAGAGGUUCCCACCCUUCCCGUGCAAUUCUCCGCACAACAUCUCAGGCCAUCUACUGGGUAAAUGUGAAUGGGAAAUAUCUGUGAAUGUCUGUACUGAGAGGGGUUUGUUCUUGUCAAUUAUCAUCCUUCAGCACAAGUAGAUCCAAAGGCAUAGGUAGGUAAGGGGAAAUGAGAGGAGCUUGGUAGACUAUAUAAAGGCAAAGUUGGGAGCAUAUGAUAUAGCUGUGCAUGGUGGGUGGGGUUUUAGGAAAAAGGGGAUAUGUGAACCAGAUCUCUGCAAUAAAAAUAAUAGUUGAGAAGUACCUAGAGAAGAGCAGGAAGCUGUCUGCUGCUUCCACGGACCUGGAGAAGGCUUAUGGCCAGGUUGAAAAGAAAGGAUUUCCUGAGGAUAUAUUGUGUAGAUAAUUUACAUGAAGAGAUGAAGUCUUUUCAAGGAUGCAAGUGUCUCUGUGCACAUGAAUGGGGAGCUAAGUGAAAAUUUAGUGUUGGUACGGGUACAAGAUGGGUGUGUGAUGUUAGUGUGCUUGUCAGCUGUUCAGUAUUUACAUGGGCUGGUUGUAUGAGUGAAAUUUAAGCCAGAGAAGGGGAUUCAAGGGAAAAGCUGACAGUGAGAGGCACAGAGCAGUCCAUAGUGGCAGGCCUGUUUGCAGACAGCACAAUGUGUUCUUGGCAGAAAAUGAAAGGAUACUGGAGAAGAUUGUAGAUAAAUUUGAUGAGAUGUGAGAGAAAGUUGAGAGCAAGUUUAAGCAGACCAAUGAAUUUGCAAAGCCAUUCAUUCAGUAACCUAUGUACACUAAAUAAGUAAAUUAACUCUGCCAGUUGUGUCAGUUCAGGUCAUAUUGGCCCAGUUUGGGCAGUGUCAGCCACCAGGACAGAAUCAGUGGACAUAAAGUGGCAGGCACUAACCUGCAAGAUUUUAUACAUUACUGUAUUUUCUUACCAGUUGAAUAUAUAAAUGGUGAUCCUCU